AUGUCACCAGAUGCUCGCGACCUCAUCUCACAACUGUGCGCCGUGGACGUGUCAAAACGUCUGGGCAAUAUCAAAGGCGGUGCUUCGGCCAUCAAGGCACAUCCCUGGUUCAAAGAGAUCGACUGGGAUGCCAUGUACCACCGCAAGGUCCAAGGCCCCAUUGUACCGCAUCUACGAGGUCCCGCCGACACACGAAACUUCGACGAGUAUGAUCCAGAACCUCUGCAUAAGGACUCAUACACAAAAGAAAUGAAGGAGAAGUACGAAAGUGCGUUCAAGGACUUUUAA